UCUCUCUCUCUCUCUCUCACAAGACACAAGACAAAUAACUUUCUUCAAAGGCACACAUUUGUGUAUGGAUGAUAUAUGAAUGUAUUACCAAUGGCAAAGCAUUGGUGAUUUCUCACUAUUACUCUUUUAGACUUUCAAAAGAAUGUCAUUUAAAAUCUACCCAGUGUGAGGUCUAUACACAGAUGCCAUAUGUGUGUGUUUCUACUCUGACAAGAAUGAUCAAGGGAACCAUAUUUAAGAAUAUUUAAGAACCUUACCUUUUUUAUUGAACUACUGACAUCCACACACCUCUCCAUUUAAUCAGGAAUGAUUUUUGUAUGGACCAUUACUGUACAUUGUGAGCAUUCUGCAAUUCUGUAUCUUAAACAUCCUAAAUAUUCAGGGUGUUUAAUGCUGUAGCAUUGUUCUGUAGCAUCUCAUUAAAGGUAGAAAACUCUUUGUAGUCCAAACAACAGAGGUUAAGGUCAGCUCAUUUUAGAUUUUUAGCAGACAGUUGGGUGGAACAGACCAGCAUAGAUUAUUGUCAUUUCUGCUAACAUUAAUAUCUAAAUUAAGGUUAACUUUAUGUCACAGAUUUGUAUGAAUAUAAUUAUUAUUACAUAUUAUUCAUAUUUAUCAAUAGCAACAAUGGAAAUAUCUGUCUAGAAGCAGGGGAAAUGUUGCAUAUCCUGUUUUAGGUAAGAUGUUUAAACAAAUAGGUACUGAGCAAAUGAAGAAAGAUUCAUCAUAAUGACUGUGAUAUGAUAACAUGCCCUGUUUCUAUUGGACGACAUCAAGAUCACCGUUAUUCUCUCUCUCUUCCUCUCUCUCUCCCUAUGUCUAUCUGUCUGCCUCUCUCUCCCAGUUGCUCCUGCUAUGUAUGAGCGCUGUUUAUCUGGCAGAUGGUCUCAGUGAUCCACUUUGAGAGUUCAGCUGCUCUACAGAUACUUUGCUUCGAGACCUGUGGAUCAGACAGAGGCCAGCUCCCACGUCGGGUUUUUUUUUGUCAAAGAUGCUGAAUGUUUUUGGGAAUCACAGAGCAGUAAAGGUGUGAGCGUUGUUAGACUUGAAGUUCAGGUAGUGCAUGUGGAAAGCGUGUGGCGCAUUUAAAAACUUUGUAAACAUUACACUCAAAGUGUAGCUCCGCUACAUUUCUUUCUUUAAACGGUCAUCCUCCAGCAGCAAAAUUUCACCCAAAAGCAGACAGGAUCGUCCUGCGCUGACUCGGCUGGUCGGCAGGAAGCGGUUGGUGGCGGUGGGGGUCCUUGGGGUCGUCAUGAUUCUGGUUUUGGUAAUCCUCAUUCCCGUUCUGGUCAACUCAGCGGGCACGUCAGCGCACUAUGAGAUGCUCGGUACCUGUAGGAUGGUGUGCGACUCGUAUGGUACCAAAUCUCCGAUCAGCACCUCGACAGCCGACACGGUCCGAGACAACAGCCUUGUGCAGUCUCUGCCGACUUUUAUUCAAGGUCCGAAAGGGGAACCAGGUCGUCCAGGUAAGGCGGGUCCGAGGGGACCUCCCGGUGAGCCGGGACCGCCCGGUCCAGCGGGACCGCCUGGCGAGAAAGGUGAACCGGGCAGACCUGGCUUACCGGGACCUGCAGGACCGAGCGCAGGUGCCGGCGCAAUAAGUGCGGCCACCUACAGCACAGUGCCAAAGAUAGCCUUUUACGCAGGGCUGAAAAAGCAGCACGAGGGCUACGAGGUGCUCAAGUUCGACGACGUGGUGACCAACCUGGGAAACCACUACGACCCUACCACCGGGAAGUUCACGUGUUCCAUCCCCGGGAUUUAUUUCUUCACCUACCACGUCCUGAUGCGCGGAGGGGACGGCACCAGCAUGUGGGCUGAUCUGUGCAAAAACAACCAGGUGCGUGCCAGUGCCAUAGCCCAGGAUGCAGACCAGAAUUAUGACUAUGCCAGUAACAGUGCUGUGCUGCACCUGGAGCCAGGAGACGAGGUCUACAUUAAACUAGAUGGAGGCAAAGCUCAUGGAGGCAACAACAACAAGUAUAGCACCUUCACUGGAUUCAUCAUCUAUGCUGAUUAGGCGACGACACAUUUACAAACCUUGGGUCUUUCUCUUUUCAAGUAAUAUAAAUCAGCCUUCAUUAUUAUUUUAUUUUCUAUAUUCUGCCAGUAUUGAUGUCCUCAGUAAAUUUUACAAUAACAUCAAGAUGAGAUGGUGGAAUUGUGUGUAUCUCUAUUUAUGAUAACAUCACAUUUAAACUUAAAGCCAAUGUGUUCAUGUUAAUGUAGUCCUAUCAGGGACUGAUUGUAGCAAAGAGAAGGAUGAGUAUUGCGUAUAUGUGUGCAUGUGUGUGUGUGUGUGUGUGUUGGACAGAUGGAGACCCUUCAUUCUUAAAUCUGAUUCAGCCUGUAACAAACAGCAUCGAGGUAAUAAAACAACAUACAUAGUGAUACUUAAUAGGAAAGCAAUCAGCCAGUGUGUUCUUUUUUGUUUUCCUUUUUUUGAGGUAAAUAUAGUGUCCUGGGUCCGCCCCAGGGUGUCCUUCUAGAUGGACAAGCCUGAAACACCUCCCCAGGGAGACAUCCGGAAGGCAUCCUGAUGCCCAGACCACCUCAACUGGUUCUAAGGCUGGGCCCAGCCACCCGGCAAAGGAAACUCAUUUCAUUAGCUUAUAUUCGCAGUCUUGUGUUUUUCGGUCACCAUAAGUGAGGGUUUAAUUGACAUAGAUUGACCAGUGAAUUGAGAGCUUUGCCUUUCAGCUCAGCUCUCUCUUUACCACAAUGGCCUAGCAUAGUAUCAGCAUCAUACCAAAUGCUGCCCUGAUCCAUCUGUCAAUAUACCACUCCAUUUUUCCCUCACUCAUGGAGAAGACCCUGAGAUACUUUAAAUCCUCCACUUGGGGCAGCAACUCUUCUCCUAUCCAGAGUUGGAAAUCCACCCUUUUCCAGCUGAGAAUUGUGGCCUCAGACUUGAAGUGCUGAUCUUCAUCCCAGCCACCUCACCCUCAGCUGCAAACUAUUCCAGUGAAAGCUGGAGGUCACUGUUCAAACACAAUGCAAUGUUGCAGAGGCGUGUCAGCCAUGACAGCCAGACAAUAUCCAGAGCCUUGAGAAUCUCAGGAUGGAUCCCAUCCACCCCCAGAGCACGGCCACUUUUGUGUUGUUUAAUUGCCUCAAUGACUUGUGCCCCAGUGAUGGUGAGAGCCCAUCCUUGAGCUCCCUUGGCUCUGUUUCCUUUACAGAAUAUGUACUGAUGGUAGUAAGGAGAUCCUUGAAGUAUUCCUUCCACCAUCCGACUAUGUCCUAAGUUAAGGCCAGCAGCUCCACAUGUGCACUUCAAUGGUCUCACCAAACUCUGUUCACAUCUGGGUUGUCACAUCUGUAACUGCCCAGGUCAAACAUAAUUUGGCCUAUCGGUAGCCCUCAGCUGUCUAAGGAGUCCCACAAUCCAACCAUGCCCUGUAGAACUCCUUUUUCAGUUUGAUGCCAUCCUUCAUCCCUGGGGUCCCCCAGUGGGUUUGAGGAUUGUUGCUGCGACUAGCACCAGCGACCUUCUGACCGCAGCUUCGAACAGCUGCCUCAGCAAUGGCGACAAGGAACAUGGCCCACUUGGAUUUCAUGCCCCCCACUGCCUCUCGAAUACAGUUGAGAAUUGAAGACCAUCCUGGCAGGGUCCUCAGCCUGAUGUUUCCAGCAAGGCCUCGCUGUUCGUUUAGAUCUGGCGGGUCUAUCUGAUCCUCUCUUCACCUGAGUGUCCAGAACAUAUGGCUGUAGACCAGCUGAUAUGACUAUAGAAUCGAUCAUCGACCUGUGACCUAGGGUGUCCUGACACCAAGUGUACUUGUGGACACACUUAUUUUCACACAUGGUGUUAGCUAUAGACAAACUGUGACUAGCUUAGAAGUCCUUUAACUGAACACCUCUUGGGCUUAGGUCAGGCAGGUCGGCCAGGGGCUUUAAGUAAGCCCACACCUGCCCUCUGCCUCUCCCUACAGAAAAGAGGAGAGUCCAAACCCUCCCAAGGAGAUUGUUUCCAGAUCCCAAGCUGUGCAUAAAGGUAAGUCCAACAAUAUCUAACCAGUAUCUUUCGACCUCACACACAAGUUCACGCUCCUUCUCCGCACGAGGGGUGACAGUCCAUGUCCCAACAGCUAGCUUCAGGAAAUGGGGAUCAGAACGUCAAGAUCCUUGCCUUUGUCUGCUGCCCGAUCCACAUUGCACCUGACCUCUUUGACUCCUCCUGCGGGUGGUGGUCCCACUGGAGGACAGACCCAUGUCCUUGCUUUGGGCCCCAUGGGUGAAGGCCCAGCCACCAGGCACUGGCCGACAGGCCCCUUGCCCUGGCCUAGUUAGAGGGUGGGUCCAAGGUAACCCUCCUGGCAGGGUACAUUUGUCCUUGGUUUUCCUCCUCACCAAAGACUUCACAAGCCACACUUUAUCUGGCCCUUCCCCCAGGACCAAUUUGACUUGGGAGACCCUAUCAAACUGCCCCCAACAAUAUAGGUUCAUUAUGACGCUCACACUCCAACAUAAAGUGGCAGUUUCUUUUUCUUAUAUUCUAAAUUUUAGUAUGAGUCAUUAUCAAAUAAUG